AUGACCAAAAAGAAAGGUACUCAGACUGCUGCACCUGCAAAGGCUUCAUCAGCCACCACCACAUCAUCAUCCAAUGCUCAAUCCUCAUCAUCAUCAGCUCCGCCUCAACAACUCUCAUCAAAAGCAGAGGCUUUAUUCCGUAAUAUGAUUAAAUCCUAUGAAGAAAAACAAUAUCAAACAGCGAUAUCUAUUGCCGAUAGUAUUCUCAGAGACCAUCCACAGCACGGAGAUACUCUGGCUAUGAAGGCUUUAUUGACUAGAUAUAUCAAAGAGCAAGAGAUUAACAAACAACCUCAUUUCAAUACAGGUUUUUACUACAAUGCUUCAUCUAGUAAUUCCUCUCAACAACAGGAAUUAAUGAUUAUUGACAAGACAUACAAGAAGGAUUGCUACAAUGCUGUAAAGAGGGCUUUGGAGCUGGUAAACAACAAGUCAUUUAUUUGUUGGCAUGUUUAUGGACUCAUGUGCAAGGACGAUUUUAAAUAUUCUCAAGCCAUUACUUGCUUCCAGAACUCGAUGAAAUUUAAUCCUGUCAAUGAAGUUCAAGCUUGGCGUGAGUUGAGCAAUGUUCAAAUUCAUGCAAGAGAUUACAAGGGAGCUCUUGAAAGUAGGAAAAAGUUGUUAGAGUUGAAACCUGGCAUUAGUGCCUUUUGGAUUGGUUAUGCUUUAGCUCAACAUUUACAUGGAAAUUUAGCAGGAGCUAUUCAAACUGUGGACAAAUUCUUGUCUGCUGUCUUUGAUCAAGCUCAUCGAGAGUCAAAGACUUACAAAUUUGAAAAAUCCGAAAUGUUACUCUACUUGGCUCAAUUGCAUUAUGAGAAUGGCCAAUACAAGGAGUGUGUUGAUACUUUGAUCAAAAACUCUGCAUUUUUAGCUGACCAAAUUUCUGUAUUGGAAAGAUUAGGCGAAUGUUAUAUCAAAUUGAAUCAAUUGGAAAAUGCAAAGAAGAUUUAUUUACAAUUGCUAAAGACAAAUUCUGAUAAUUAUGCCUAUUAUGGAAAGUAUCAAUUGGCAUGCGGAUUUUCAACAGAGGAAAACAGAUUCCUUCUUGAUGAUCGUCAGAGUGAGCAAACAAGAAAGUCCAACGAAGAAAUUGCCGCCAAAUUGUACCAAUUGUACACGACCGAUGAAGCAUUGAAAGAAUACAGAGAAAAAUCACCAGUGAUGAAAAUGAUUAUUCUCUUAUUGGCACCUCCAUAUGGCAGUUCUGAAGCAUCUUCCUCAGACGCAUUCAGAGAACAUUUGAUUAACUUUGUGGAGCCCUACUUGUUCAAGACUAUUCCAUCUCUCUUCAAGACAUUGAAGAUUAUCUAUCAGAAACAAUCUCACAAAGUUUCAAUCAUUGAAAAAGUGAUGAUGGAAAGAUUACAAAAAGAGCAAUCCAACACCUCUUCAAAGGAUCCAUCUGUGUUGUUGUGGAUUUUGGUUUAUCUAUCACAACAUUUUGAUGCCAUUCAAGAUUAUCAUAAGGCUCUUGAUUACAUCAAUCAAGCCAUUGAACAUACACCCACUCUUGUUGAGUCAUACAUGUUGAAAGCUAAAUUUUACAAACAUUUAUUCGACACUGAACAAGCUGCAUUGUGUAUGGAACAAGCUCGUAAAAUGGAUCUCUCCGAUCGUUAUCUCAAUACCAAAGCAACCAAGUACUGGAUGAGACACAAUGAAAUUGUUAAAGCAGAUGACCUGAUCGGUAUUUUCGCCAAGCAUCCAAAAGAUGCAAAUGCAAAGAAGGAAGAAAAGUUGAAACAACAAAAACACUUAGAAAAGGGUGAAGAUAAAGAUGUUAAUGAAGUGAAAAAAGAAAGUCAUGAUGAAACUAAAAAGGAAGAACCCAAGGAAGAGAAAGACUCCAAUCUCAUUCCCAUUGAAGAUUCUGCAAUUUAUCAUCGUAACAAUGUUCAUGACAUGCAAUGCAUGUGGUUUGAAAAUGAGUGUGCAGAUGCUCACUUUAGAAAAGGAGAACUUGCACUUGCUGCUCGUCAAUAUUACUAUGUGGUUCAACACUUUAUGGAAAUUUAUGAAGAUCAAUUUGAUUUCCAUACAUACUGUGCAAGAAAGGUUACCAUGCGAUCCUAUAUUGAAAUGAUGAGAUAUUUUGAAAAGUUAUAUGCUCAACAUUUCUAUUUCCAUGCCAUCUGUGGUUUGUUAAACAUUUAUUUAUUACUUUUGAGAAAGAAGGAGCAAGAACAGAAUAUUCCAUUCGAUUCUCCUACCGAUUAUGGUACUAUUAAUGCUUCGUAUACUUCCAAUUUCCAAAAUAUUGAUUUGAGAAAGGAUGAAGAUUUGAAUGGUCUCUACAUUACCACCAAAUUGAAUUUAUUUGAUGAAUGCACUAAAUAUUUGAAACAAUUAGAAGAAUAUCAUCCAAACGAACUUAUUACACAAAUCUUUGCCAUGACCAUCUAUUUAAAGAGCAGAAAGUACUUGUUGGUUAGCAAAGCUUUGAAGAAGGCACUCGAAUUAUCUCCACUUGACUAUAGAGUACAUUUCUUGAAAAUGCAAUACUUGACGACCAUCCAUACAAUUGUCAAGUCAGAUCCAAAUUCAACAGAUUCACUUUCCAAGUUGUUGCAAAUGGAUUAUCAAAAGAUUACUGCUGGAAAGUCUUUGGAUGAAAUGAAUAAUGAAUAUUUGAGAAGAGUGAAUUCUGAUGAAGAGAAAUCAUCUCCAGUGCUUGGUGCUCUUGCAUACCAUGCUGCUCAAAAAUUGAUGAAUUCAUCCAUCUCUUCUUCAUCACAACAUUUAAUGAUGGAUAGUGUUGAAAAGAGUUCUCUUCGUGAUUGUGUCAUUGCAUGCGGUAUUCUGAGUAAGAAGAAACUCUCCAAUAGACCCUAUAAGAAGGAGGAUUAUCUUAUCAAUCCUCACUUGGAAUUUAAUAUUUUCUCAUCCCAAGAGGAACAAGUUGAGUUUAGUACCAAGUUGAAAGAUUGUAUUGAGAAGCAUUUUAAUAUGAAAAUUAAUCAGUAG